GCCUGCCACUUUCAGAUUUGGGGAAAAUAAGUUUCACUUUCUUAGUGGGAUUCUGAAACUCUUGAUUCCUAGAAAGCCGAGACGUGAAGGAAGGUGUACCAGAAGAAAGAGGCAGCGACCAGGAGGAGACCAAAGAACCGUCAUACCAGCUGUGAGGUCAAUACUUCAAGAGAGGAAGAGGUGUCUGUCCCUGUGGCUGAUCCCUCUGUGAUCCUGUUGGGACUGUGACUUCCUGGCAUCUCUCCUCUCUCUCAGUGUGCGUUGAAGAAUCUGAACCAUGUGGGGCAGUGAAGGUGAGGUUCAGGUGACAGCCCGAAUGGAGACCACCCCUGCCAUGGGCGUCCCUAGUAUCUCUGUUUCCCAGAAACAGACCCCUAAGAAGUUUGCCCCUGUGGUGGCCCCGAAGCCCCAGUUCAACCCCUACAAGGAGGCAGACCCCAUUGACCCUGCUGGAGGGGACUACCCCCCACCUCCUCCUCCACCUGCUGACGACGGAGGCCUCCCACCCCCCCCUCCAUCCAUGGACAGAGAAUACCAGAUACGCAGGCCAGAGAAGACCCUAGAGGAGAGGCGGUCCAGUCUGGAUGCUGAGAUUGACUCUCUGACCUCCAUCCUAGCUGACCUGGAGAGUAGCUCACCUUACAAGCCCCGCAAUGCACAGAACUCUGAAACUCUUCCAUCUGUGACCAGUCCCAACGCUCCUGUCACCGGCUACAAGCGUAUGGUCAUCCCCACCCAGCCUCCUCUGACGGCCACUAAGAAGUCAACUCCCAAGGCCGGGGCCCCAGGCGGAACGCUGCCCCGGCCCCAAGCGGAGAGCUCCUCCUCUGCUCCCCUCUCCUCUGCCUCCCCAGUGGCCAGGCCUCAGUUCCAGACGGCGCCCCAGCCCGUCCCGGCCUCCUACGCCACCGCCUCCACCCCCAGCCAGCCCACCUUCAACGUACAGGUGAGGUCUGCCCAACCCGGUCCCCAGCACCAGUCCCCAGGACCCCCUCAGCAGUUUGCCCAACAGCCUAUCCAGAGCCUAACCCAGCUCCAGUAUAUGGCCACUCAGCCACGAGGCCCGGACUUCGCCUACGGUCCCCCUCAGCCAGGCUUCGCCCCACAAGGGUACCCAGAGCAGGCCUAUCCUGGAGCAGGAGGGUACGGGGGAGUACCAGGGAACACCUGGAGGCCAGAGCCUAGCUACCUCCCUGCUCCUACCCAGCAGGGCUACCCACAACCUGUCCCUAAGAAGACCUACAUCACAGACCCUCCUGCCAGCCUGGUUCCUCCUGCACACCUCGCCCCACAGAAGGUUCCCAGCAGUGCCAGGCCUGAGGAAGAGCUGGAGCGUCUCACCAAGAAGAUGCUUUAUGACAUGGACAACCCUCCGGCUGAGGAGUACUUUGGGCGGUGUGCCAGCUGUGGGGAUAAUGUGGUGGGUGAGGGCACCGGCUGUACAGCCAUGGACCAGGUCUUCCACGUGGACUGCUUCAUCUGCAUGACCUGCAGCGGCAGGCUGCGAGGCAGACCCUUCUACGCCGUGGAGAAGAAGGCCUACUGCGAGCCCUGCUACAUUAACACCCUGGAGUCCUGUAACAUCUGCAGUAAACCCAUCAUGGAGCGGAUCCUGCGGGCCACAGGGAAGGCCUACCACCCACACUGCUUCACCUGUGUGGUGUGCCAACGCAGCCUGGACGGCAUACCCUUCACUGUGGACGCUGCCAACCACAUACACUGCAUCGAGGACUUCCACAAGAAGUUUGCCCCUCGUUGCUGUGUGUGUUCUGAGCCCAUCAUGCCAGCUCCAGGCCAGGAGGAGACUGUUCGUAUCGUGGCCUUGGACCGAGACUUCCACGUGCAGUGUUACCGCUGUGAGGACUGUGGCUCUCUGCUGUCUGAAGGGGACAACCAGGGCUGUUACCCUCUGGACGGCCAUGUCCUCUGCAAGAGCUGUAACGCCAGCCGUAUCCAGGCCCUGACCGCCAAGUCUACCACCGACCUCUGAACCCCAGAUACCCAGAUACCCUGCUAGCUGCUCCCCCAGCCCUGCCUUCUGGCUGUCUGGCUGCCCUUCAGACCCCCAGAUACCCAGAUACCCUGCUAGCUGCUAGCUCUUCAGCCCAACACACACACACACACAUACAGAGACAUGCAUACAUUCAGAUACACACACACACACAUACAGAGACAUGC